GAGGGAGGGAAGGUUAGCUGGAAGUGACAAUGGCAGAGGUGAGGGACUUGAAUGUUGGUGAUGUGCUAGGACUGUUGGAGAGUGCUCAGGAAGAGGUCGCCCAAGAGGUGCGGGCAUUGUUGAAAGAUACCUUUGCCACCGUACGUGAGGCAUGGCUGGUCAAUGGCAUGUUAGAAUACUUCUAUGUUUCCAACAGUGGACGCCUUUUGGACAUUCUGCUUGGAGUGAGCGAGCCUCAUGAUCGCUACCUCUUAGAUAGACUGAUGGAUGGAUUGAAAGGCUCCGAUCGCUUCCGUCACACCUGCAUUGUGCUGUAUGCUGUUCGUCGUCAACCACCCCCUUUGUGGUUAAGAAAAUUUCUUCAACAUGGUGCCAUGCGUGAACUACUGCAUGUCCUUUUAACAGAUGAGGACGUUCUCGUCUUGGUAGGCGCCGUCAUGGUUGUAGUGGUUCUCCUUCCUGCAUUACCACUAGAAAUGGGACGCUUGCACCUCUCCUCAGUAUUAGAUAUAUUCUGCCGAUUGGUUCGAUGGGCUCCAAAACAAGAAAAUGAGGCUUUUCAGCCUUUUUUGCAGGUGGCUGUGUAUUCUCUAUUUCAUAAACUGUAUGCCCUGUAUCCAUGUCACUUUCUUACUUGCUUAAGAAAUAAUUUCUCAAAGGCAAAUUCAUCAGCAUGUUUCUCUAGUACUCUUAGGCCCAUGAUGGAAAAAGUCCGUCUUCAUCCUCUUUUGAUAACUGAAACAAAAGAGUCUGAACUAAACAGAGCUAGAUGGAUGGGGCUUGAAACUCACCAGUUAAUUCUUGAAUGUGCUAAGCUUUGUCUAGAUCCCAUUGAGGCCACUUGUGAGGAUGUAAGUGGAUCUUUUUUUACUUGCAACCAAGGUAGUGAUUUAGCUUCUGAUUCUUCACCCUUGCCCACUAAUUGGUUACUAUAUUCUCUGGAAAAGAAUUUCUGGUCUCCUAGUCUGUCCCUACCUUCAUCUCUACUCUCAUCACAAAUAGGGUCAUCUUCCUCUGUACCUCAUACCCCAGUUUAUCCCAUAAGCAGUCCAAACCUGAGGUUAGUGGGGAAGGUAGCAGAAUCUCCACCCGAAGCAGCUAUUGAGGCCACCCCUGAAACUACACCUUUUACUUCUCCUAUGAAGAUGGAAGCCAGCAAUGUGAGCACUCGCCAGCCAGUUGAUGUUAAGUGUGCCUUAACCCUCAACACAGAUAUAUGUAAGAACAAUCAAGCUAUACAGGCUACGGAUUUAGAGGUCACUUCCAGCCCCUUGUCACCUGUAAAAAAAGAACAGACACCAUUUAAAUUUCCUGAUGAUCAGAGCCAGAAUUUGUUCAGUCGGGUGGAGCGAUCUACUCUACUUCAAAGCAAGUUGCAGCAGAUUUUAAAAGAAAGACAACAAAUUCAGAAAGAAAAUAACAAGCCCUUGGAAAAUAAGAAUGACAGUGAAGGCAUAGACAUUGACACAAAGGAUGUCAAAGAAAUAAAGGAAAGUGUAGUGAUAAUAAGGAAGACUUUAGGUGAGAAAAAUGUUCGGGAUACAGCAGCAGAAAAUGAAUUUGAACCUAAAGGUGAUAUCUGUUCCCCACAACCUGAUCAAGGGAAUCGUAGGAGAAAAGUUUCAAUGUAUGAUGGCACUCAAAAUAUUGAUUUAAAAAAAUUAGGAAUUCCUGUUGAUCAGUUUGCCAGUGGAAAUAGUGACUUGAAUUUUUCUAAUGAAGCGGCUCUUAAAAGUGAAAUUGAUAGAGAUCAGAAUUACACCACAUCUCUUAUUGAUCGUAGAAUAUCUGAAGAGAGAGAAUCAGAAGGUAGUGAGAGCAGAAAAUCCUCAGAUGAGACUAGGGUGUGUGAAAACAUUAACAUAGAGGAAUCAGAAAACUUGGGAUUAGGGGUUCCAACUCAAAGAUCAAUGACUGAUCUGGUGAAGAACAUGAGAAAAAUGAGACUAAGAUUUUUAAGUCAGUGUGGCCCUCCACCUGAUCUGUCCCAGUACAAUUUGGUAGGAAGAGCAGCUCUUUCUCCAACCAAAGUUAAUGGUUCCAGUAAUGCUCAUAUGAGAAGUUUAUCCUGUCCAGAUUUAUCAGUAGAUGGCAGUGUACAGACACCUUGUGCCAAUGAAAGAAAAGUUAGGAAAGUGUCUGCAGUAUCUUCUCUUACAUUGUCCCCAGUAAGACAAGCUAUUGUGACAAGUGAAGCGUCAACACAGACUGAAGAAAUAACGGUUGUUAAUCCAUAUGAACAACUUCUUGGUGCUUUAGUAGCUGGUCCAACAUCAUACCAGCCAAAAAAUUCAGAUACCAAUAUGAAUGACUCGAAUUUUUCCAGCCCUUCGCCAUAUGAGCUAUUAGACCAAUACCUAAGAUUUGGUGCCGAGGUUGGUGAGGAGGCUGAAACUAUUCUCUGGCAGCCAACAAAUCAGACAGAAGGAAAUGAAGUAUGGAAAAACCAGAUUCGCCUAAUGCAGAUCUUGCUACUUGUGGAACGCUAUAGGCGUGAUGUACAUGCUGAACGUAAUCGUAGGCUUCUAGGACGAGAAAAGAAAGCAUUUACACUUGAACACCAGCAACGUGAAUUGAAAAUGAAAAUAUCUCAAUAUCAAGGUGAAAUUUUAAAUUUGAAUCAUGAAAUUAAAAAUUUGCAAUCACUAGCAGCAAACAAGGAGCAGCAAUUGCAACAAGCCUUGUCCCAAGAACAAGUCAAAGUCACUAAAGUGCUUGUUGAGAGAGAUGAGGCUCAAAAAGAUAGAGGCUUAUUAAAAAAGCAAUGUGAAGCUCUUAGCAGAGAAAAUGAAUCCUUAAACAUUCAGUUAAAAGAAGCACAAACAGCCUUGCUAGAAAAAGACAGGCAGCUUACUUGCCAAGCUCAUUUAGCAGAUGAAAAUGAUGUCUUUCGUAACCAGGUGGAAACUUUACAGAAACAACUUAUUCUAAUGGGAGAAAUGAAGGAAAGAUAUCAACAAGAGGUGUGGAGGUUGACACUGUCAGGAAGUCCUGGUACUAUGAGGAGGAUGGAACUUGAGCGUGCAACCUCUUUGGAACAGGUGCAGGAGCUUGAGGAAAAGUGUCGGGUUGCCACAGCUAGCUUAGAUGCUGCACAUAGUCGUGUAAUUCAAUUAGAAUUUAAAUUGUCUGAAAAGAAUAAACAAAUAGAAGAGCAACAGAAUUCGGUGAAAGCAGCAAGGGAAGCUGGAGCGGAGGAAUGUAGAGCCAUUGAGUUGCGUUGCCAGGCACUGGUCUCCAGUAAUCAGACUUUAGAGGGUUUUAUAUUAAAACAAAAUGAUCGUAUUGAUAAACUAAGUCGCCAGGUGAGGAGGUCACAGCGUGGUAAAUCAGUUUGUAGUGAUGGCUUGGAUUUUGAUUUGGAAUUAUCAGUUUCUCCAGCUGGUCCUAGCAGUUUAGCAAUGUCUCCCCCAGAUGACUUGCUCUAUCCUACUGGUUCACUUUUGGCAAGACAGUCACAAGUGCUCACCAAACUUGAUGCCCUUGUAGGACAAGAGAUUGAGCCUGAGGGAUAUUCACGUAGGAAGACAUAGCCAUUGUAUGUUAAGAGCCUGUGUACGUCAUGCUGAGAAUAUAAAAUUUAUAUCUUUGGCAAUUUUGUAUGGUGACCCCUUGCUGCUGAAAACUUGUACAAAACCAGUAGCAACAGUAAAUUGGGGAAUAUUGUUGCUCUAGGAUUUUGCUUGAAAUGAUGCACAUCAGUACAGAUCUAGUGAUGCUGAAAUUGAAUCUGGCAUUCCUUGAAGGUUGUUAGACAUUAUAUAACUUAGAGUUUGGAUUAAAGAAAAGUUAAUGGCAAAUGUGUGAUGUGUACUCUUAAUUUGCAGUGAAGUGUUUUGGUGUUUGGUGUAUGUGAACUCUGAAAGACAAUUUUGAAUAUGGUAUUUCUGAAUAUGAAAAAAUAUUUAUUAAAGUUUCAUGCUGGUAUUAUGGGGGUUUGACCUUGUUCGAAAAAUUUGUUUCUUUAAUAACUAAAAUGAAUAAAAAUAUUGCAUGUAGCUGGUGUGCAUUCUUGUUCAAUAAGUGUUUUCAUCAACAGAAUCCAAUACUUAAAUUUUUUUUAUUUGUGCAGAUGAAAUAUUGUUUAAGUAAUUGAGAAUUGAUAUGCAUCAGUUACAUUACAGCUAUAUAUUUACAGUUGUUUAACUUUUCUGAAUGUAGCUUUGAAUUUUUCCAGUUUUGCUCAACUUUAUGUACAUUUUCAUCAAAAAUACUAUCAUAAGGCCAGUUUUUUUUCUUGCAGUUUAUACUGGAUUACUAAUGUAUGAUCCGGGCCAUUUCAAAAAGAUUAUUAAAUUACUUAUUGUUGGAAAA